CUGCGCCUGCCCGCCGCGCAUGCGCUGCGCGGCCUUGGCGGGAAGCGGAAGCGGAAGCGGGGGCGGACAGGCACGUGGCGCGGCUUGACAGCCAUGAGUGGGACGCUGCUGGACGAGCCGCCCGUGGCCGUGGACCUAUGGGGCCGCCGCAGGACGCGCGGCGCCCGCCUCUUCUUCCUCACGCACCUGCACGCGGACCACACGGCCGGGCUGACCCGCAAUUGGCGCCGCCCGCUGUUCUGCUCCCCUCUCACGGGCCACCUGCUGCGCCUUCGCCUGCAGGUGGACGCGUGCUGGAUCCGGCCGCUGGAGGUGGGGCAGAGCCAUGUCGUGAUCCUGGACGAGCGGGCCCAGCGCACCAUGACGGUGACGCCCAUCGACGCCGACCACUGCCCCGGCUCCGUCAUGUUCCUCUUUGAGGGGGACUUCGGGGUCGUGCUCUACACAGGUGAUUUUCGCUACACUCCGGCAAUGCUGAAGGAACCAGUCCUAAUGAACCAAAAACAAAUUGACGUUCUUUACUUGGACAACACAUACUGUGACCCGGCGCUGGUCCUGCCUUCCAGGGAGCAGGCCACCGAACAAAUAAAAGAGCUGAUCAAGGCCCACCCUAAGUACCACGUCAAGAUUGGUAUCUACACUCUGGGGAAGGAGUCACUCCUAACUGAGUUGUCCCUGACGUUUAACACCUGGAUCGUGGUGAGCCCCGAGAGGCUGGCUGUGUUGGAGCUGUUGGAUAAGCACCAUCCGUUCACCACUUGGGAAGAUUCUGGCUGGAUCCAUGUGGUGGAGCCCUCGGAAAUCCGCUGGAAGUCUGUGCGCUACUGGAACCAGCAGCACCCCACGAUUGCCAUUCUCCCCACUGGGCGCCCGCUGAAGAAAACCCAUCCCAAUAUGCACAUCAUUCCCUAUUCUGACCACUCGUCCUUCUCGGAGCUGUGUGAAUUUGUCCAGUGGCUGAAACCCUGCUCAGUCAUCCCGAUAGUCAAGAGCAUGGCGUGUCAAGCUUACUUGGAGAAGUACCUGAACCCUAACCGUGAGCUGUUUCCUGUCCCCAGCGUCCUACAGUCUUGGAAGGAUGUCACACCACUGACAGAUAGCAGGAGAGAGGAAAGGCUUAGGCAGCUGCUGAAAAUUACCAUACCUGCACGGCAACCUGGGCCGCUAGGGGUCAUCUUCGAGUCCCUAGAGGAAUGCCCUGACACGUCCAAGAGCUCAGGAGCUGUGCAGAGUCACGAGUUGAAGACCUCUGGGGAUGUGGAAGUUUACCAGCAAAAUUCUGAGGAAAUUGAGUGGGCUGGUACAAGUUGUCAGGGAGACUGCGUUUGCUGCCCUUGGUGUUGCACGGAAAGAAAGGAAAUGGAAAAGACUUGCAGCAGUGACGGUGCCCAGGGACAGCUUCUCUCAGCACAGUCUCCUUCAUCAGCACCUGCCAAAGAACAGCUGGUAAGACCACUGGGCACCAGUGUUGAAGAAGGGAAAUCAGGCUUAGUAGAGUCACAUGGGAGUCCUUUAUCCAAGAACACUGAGACUGAGGGGACUUGGUUGAACAAGGAGCCUGACACUCCUUUGUGCCAUGUUAUCCCAUGCCCACCUAGGUGGGUAUACUAUGCCCCUUUACAGUUUGUACCUGCUCAGAAGGCAGAUACUCCCUCUUGCAAGCAGAGUUCACCCUCCUCAAAGGGAGAGGAAUUUCUUCCCGUAGAGGCGGCUGGUGACAGUAGCAGCCUGCCCAGCUUGUCACCUGUGUCGAGCGAACAAGUUACACCUAGCCUUGCAGAAGGGUGUUCGCUCGUGCCGUUAAAUACACUCGAGCAAUAUUCCUCACAGAGCUUUGACCAACUGGUGGAAAACUACUUGAGGAAGGGAGAAGGGCCCUAAGAAAUGGCCUGCCCGUCAGCACCAGCUGUCUAGUUAUGUCACAUGGCACACAAGAGUCCUGUCAUCAUGUCUGCCUUCUGCAGUCUGCUGACGGGGUGGCUUUUGAACGUUUUGUUUUGUUUAGGAGGGUAAGGGGCAUUGAGCAGCAGCCUAGAUACCUUGUUUAUGAAUGUGUUUAUCUUGUGGUUAUUGGCCUCGGUAUUUGGGGGUAGAUUCUAAGUAAUGGGCUGUGACCCUGUGCGUUUCCCAGGGCUCUAGACUGGCACUCAGACUAGCACGCUUGAUUACAGGAACAUGUUCUGUACUUGUUGCACCUUCCAUGCAAACCUGAUGUCAUUUCAGGGCAGAGGGGGUUGGAAUAGCCCCUACCCAUUCUCAAAUGAGCAGUAGGGGGACAUGAGCUAUCCAGGACAGACCCUGGUAUCAGGGUUUCUGUGGGAUGAGGGAAAGAGUCUCCUGAGUAAAAGCAAACUGAGAUGGGGGUGUAAGUCCCAGAUCAUUAUCUUGCUGCUGGUUUGAAUUUCUAGCUGCUAGCCAACAUCCUUCCAAGAUGUAUUGGGGGGAGUUUGUGUGUUAGCCUGUUUACAAGGUUAAGAAGUUAAUUUAAAGAAAUAAUGAAAAUGAAGAGCUUUCAGGCCUCUGUGCGAUCAUGGAGAAAACCGUGUCAGAAAACACUAGUGUGGCAAGCUGCUUCAGCUGGCCACCGAGUAGUACUUCUGCCCUCCUGCUGACAGCAUGCUGAUGCCAGCUGUAAAUCCUUCCUUCUGGGAUAGCAGGAAUUCUGUGACUUGCAAAGGGCAAGGCUUCCCGUGUCCUGUUCUCUGGAAUCUGUGCUUAUUUCUAGGCUGUUGUUCCUUGUUCCUUGGCUGUAAAAAGCCUCCAACUCAGGAACAGUCAGGCAUUAUCAUCUAGCCAGGCCACAGCCAUAGGACCUGAGGGGUGUGAAUUCCAGGCCCCUUGACAGGGUUAAUGUAAGCCAGGGAACCUGUUUCUCCUUAAUUGCCAUUUGCGUUGGCUGUUUCCCCAAUGGAGGCGAGCAGACACCAAAAAGAUCAUUUGGUGGCUGUUAUUUUUCUGUUAAGAUGGAUCAUGCUUAAAGGUAUUGCCCACUCUCUGGUUUGAUGGUGAGGCUAAUUAGGUCUCGUACUUCCCUUGACAUGGGAUUUGGGGAGAUGCAUUCACCUGAGCUUAAGGUGAUCCCAUUUCUGUUGCCUUAACUUGGACCUGCACAAAAUUUGGCCUGCUGCUGUGUUGGGGUCAUGGGAGAGGGGUGGGAAAUGUUGAAGUUCUGUGGGGGGGUCUUAGUCCAAACAGGUUAGGGGUCAGUUCCAGGCUCUCCUGUGGGGAAGAGAGCAUUACCCCUAUCCCACACUGGGCUUAGUUUAAGUCCAGUUGUUCGCAAGUCUUUGUAUAAUCAUGGGUACAAGUAAAAUGACAGUCUUCCCAAGUGGAAAAUGACUGUGUUGUGAGAGGCUGUCGGGGCACGGAUGCACGCAGCUGAGUUCUGAGGCACAAGAAGCCAGAUCACUUCAGCCCGUAGUUCUGUUUGGUUGGCUGUUGACAUGCACAAGGAGGCUGUAGCCUAGAUGCUCCCUCCUUAAUGGCCAUAAAUGCCUCACUUGAAUUUUUAUUUGCCUUCUGAAAGUGUUGUUGGUACAAAACUUAAUAAAGUUUGUUCUGUUCACAAAGCAA